AUGUCCACCAACAGCGUCCGUGGUCAGCAUAGACCUGAACAAUCCUUCUCGAACAGCCCUACUGCCGCAUCCUCCCCCUCAUCUUCCAACGUCACGGUAACAAGACAGGCUUACCUCGAUGUCCCUCUGCAUCGCACUUCUCGAGCCUCGCUCGACAGUAUAUAUUCAGAACUCUCCGAACUCUCCUUGCACACAAAAGAGCGACAGGCUCGGCACCUUCUUUUCCGCAAUGCCUCAAAGGAUAGUGGUCCAACAAGACCUCUCUCCCCACGGAUGCGUAUUGGCGCGGCGUUGCAAUCGUUCUACAUCACAAACUACGGGGCCAUGUUGGUUGUGCUGGCUCAAUUCUUUGGGGCCGGGAUGAAUGUCAGCACUCGACUGCUUGAGACGGCGGGCCCCCACGGCAAACCCAUGCAUCCGUUUCAGAUAUUGUUCGCCAGGCAGUCCAUCACCGCAGUUCUAUGUACUAGCUACGGCCUAUAUUCAAAAUCAGUACCUGACUUUCCUUUUGGUCCCCGCGAAGUCCGCUGGUUGCUCGUGGCACGAGGUCUAAGUGGCUUCUUUGGGGUAUUCGGCAUGUACUUCAGCCUUCUAUACUUGCCGCUGAGCGAAGCAACCGUGUUGACAUUCCUGACACCCAUUCUUACCUGCUAUCUCUGCAGCUUCGUCAUGCCCGGCGAGACUUUCACCCGACAGCAGCAGCUGGCCGGCCUGGUCAGUCUUGUAGGCGUUAUCUUCAUCGCGCAGCCGGCUUCCCUCUUUUCUUCUUCAUCUUCUACAACCACUUCCGACCCGUCAGCCAGCCCGCCUUCCAAUUCCACGAUGACAUCCGUUGCUCCUCAAGAACCCACCGCGGAUCAGCAUCUCGCAGCCAUUGGCAUUGCUAUGCUUGGCGUCCUUGGUUCUACUGGCGCCUUGACGUCAAUUCGAGCCAUUGGCAAGCGCGCUCACGCCUUCAUUAGCAUCAAUUACUUCAGUGUGUGGUGCACCUUUGUGUCGUUGGCGGCUCUGAUCAUCUUUCCCGAUGUCAAAUUCAGACUUCCAGGAAACAUCACAGAGUGGGGCUUGCUUGUCAGCCUCGGACUCUGCGGCUUUGUUAUGCAAUGCUUGCUGACUGUGGGGUUGUCCUAUGGAGGCCCUACGCAAAGACAUGUUGCCGAGCUGCAGAAUGAUGGCCAGACGACGCAGAAAAUCAGCGACAUUGAAGGUGAUGCCUCCUCAGCUUCGGAGAACCUUCAUCACCACCCAUCACCCCCUGAGUACAAUGCACAUGCUCUCCCGCCGAAACACCCGUCGUCGUCGUCUUCCAAGCCCAAAGUGAGUGGGAGCGGCACACGCGCUACCUCGAUGGUAUACACGCAGAUGCUGUUUGCGCUCGCGGCGGACAAGCUAGUCUUUGGUGUCAGCCCCCGCACAAUGAGCUGGGUUGGCAGUGUGCUGAUCCUGGCGGGCGCGGUGUGGGUUGCUAGCGCCCGUGAUACGGUUGCAAAGGACAAGUCAUCCGCGGUCGACAGCGAGGCGGGAGGAGUUGCUGGUCGAGUUGUCGUGGAUGCCCAGGGACGUGGAAAGAGCGAGCAGAUGGUCGAGGAAACUGUCGGAUUGAUGCAGGACCAAGAUAGUGACGAUGAUGGUGGUGGUGGUGGUGGUGGUGGUGGCGGCCUUCACGAUAACCAAGGUAGCGGUAGCGAUUACAGAGGCCGGCAACAAACGGGCCUUCCUACAGUCGAGAGCCUCGAGCUGCACCAGCUCCGCCCUGCUGCCAGUGAACGAUGA